AGAGAAGGAUGGCUCAAGAGAGCGAGGUGCCCGAGCAAAUGCCGCGGGGCAUGGUGCUGAAGGAGGUCCAGGUGUAGCAGGCGCUGCCGGUGGUCGGAGGGAAGCCAGCGAGCCCGCCGUCGGGCCUCAUCACCCGACACAGCGGCGGCAGCAAUGCCACCAUCAUCACGACCGCCGACGCCCCUGACCACCUGUGGAAAGCCGUCUUGCUCGAGGAGCAGACGGCUAUGUCAGAUGAGGAGGAGGAGAAAUGGAUGGCGCUGCGCCAGGAGAAGAAGGUGAUGCAGGCCAUCCAGGCACGGUGCGAGGAGCUGGGCAUCCCCCACAACCAGAGGCCGUUCCUGCCGCUGCUCGCCCACCACGCCCACCCCAGCCGCCCCACCGGCCUCUUCAUCUCGACCGUGCCUGGCAGCGUGGAGGUCACGCAGGAGGAGGCGGAGGCCAUGCAGAGGAUCUUCGCCAUUAAGAUGCCCCGGCUGGACAUGAGUAAGGCCACUCACACACUGCGCACUCGCACUGCACAAUCCAUCAGAAACACCCUCACCCGUGUGUGUUUGGCAUCAUUCACUCAGGUAAGUACGGGGACUUCAGCGACAUCCUGCCCAAGUGCGCCGCCAUCUGCGCCGCUGUCGACAGCCGCCAUGUGCAUCUUCCGCAGGUCCAGGCUCUGCUGAAGGAGGUGGCCGUCAUCCUCAUCCGUGUCCUUCGGGGCAUGGUGAGGCUGCACAACGCCGCCAUCCUGCUCAGGGCGCUGGCCAACGACAACGUGUCGACGGACGGCCUCAUCCCCAUCAUGCAUCGCAUCCCCCCGCUCCACAUCGAGCCACUGUCGGGCGAGCCGCGUGUGUCGACAGCUGACCUAAAGGAGCUGCAGGAGCGUCAGCCAGCCCCCGUCGUCACCGACAGCAACAGCAGCAUUGCAUGCGGGGCCCUGCGGAUGAUCGACCUCGGUCAUGUCCUGACGCCCAAGGCCACCAGCCACCCGCCGCCCACCACAAUCGGCAGGCUGCCCAUUUUGGCGUGCGUGAGGAAGGAGGACCAAGGGGAGGACGAGAAUAUGUGGACUACGACGCCAUACCAUCAUGCCCCAGAGUUCUCCCUCAUGUAUGCCAAGGAGUGGGCGGACCAGCGAGCGGCCAGAAGGGCACAGGAGGCGAGCGGGGAAGCCAUGGUCGACAUGGACGGCUGGGAGGUCGGCUGUGGCAUGACGGACGAGGCGGAGAUCGACACGCUCGAGGGCAGGAUGAGGGAGCUGCUGGAUGAGAUGGGGGAGAGGGGCCUGUAUGUGGAGGAGGGCGGCACACAGGGCGAGACGCGCAAGCCCAAGAUGUGGCUAGGGGAGGCGGCCAUCCUGUUCGGCCUGGGCGUCGAAGGGCUGUCGGUGCUGCUGGGUGAGCUGAUGCACGACUACAUGGAGCGGACGUUCCAAAUCCACGCCCCCGAGCAGCCACAGACCGGCAGGCAACUCCGCUUGCGGCUGGCCAUCGAGAGCACCCUCAGGUGGGCGGAGAUGCUGCCCCUUGUCCUGCCCGAGGAGCCCGACCCAAGCGCAGCCAAAGGGUCGACGCCGCCAUCGCUCUUCCUGCGGCCAGAACCAUGCAUGCAGUGGGCGAGGGACGUGGGGAUGAAGUUGCGGGAGCUGGUUGUGGAUAGCUUGAGGCCCAUGCCAUGGGAGCGCAUGGAGCGGCUGCCCAGAGGCCUCAUCGACAUGGACGAGCGGCUGCGUGAGAUGGAGAUAAUGGUGCUGGCCGCUCACUGGGGCGUCACGAGUCCCCCCAUUCCCGCACCCAUCACCGACACACCCAUUGUCUUCCAGGCCACCCCCGACAGCCCGAUCGCAUCCCCCCAGCAGCCAGACGCCGCCACACCACACACACCGCUCCCGCACCACCACCUGCAGCAGCAGACGGUGAGUGAGUGAGAGGGGAGAGAGGAGAGGUGAAAGAAGGGAGGCUGAUCUGGUGUGUGUGUGUGUGUGCUCCCUGCAAGGCACCGGAGACCAAACCGGCACCCGAGAUCAAAGGUGCUGCUGCGGCGGCUGCCCCCAAGGCAGCGUCCACUUCGCCGCAGCCUCCCUCGACGUCACCAAAGACGGGCGGCAUUGUUCUGGGGCCCAAGGCGACAUCCAAGUCGCCCCCCGCCCGCAGCCCCACAUCGACACCGACACCCCAGCUGAGACCCAAGCCGGCAUCCACACCCCCCAAGCAGCCGACUGGUCAGCCACCGUCGUCCCCGCCUGUGAAGCCGUCAGCUGCGGCCAAACCAGCCGCAGAUCUCAAGGCCGAGAAGCACCUGGCGCAGAAGAAGGAGGCCGUCCGCGAGCAGAUGGCCUCGUCGAGAGCCGCCCUCUCCCCCAGACCGUCAUCAGCCAAGGAGACACCAUCAGCUGCUGCCAAGCCGGGCACCAAGGCAGAUGGAGUCGCCAAGGCGCCGCGUGCCGCUUCGCCCGUUCCGUCCGGUGGCACAGGGAGAGCGCCUGCUGCACGGCGGGAUGGGCCGUCCGCCCCACAGCCGUCAUCUGCUGGACCAUCCUCACAGCCAGGACCCGAUCGCGCGGCAAAGGGGGCCGCCUCUCCACCGUCAAGCCAGAACGGCCGCGUCAAGGAGUCCCAAGAGGGGCCAAGGAAAGGGGACGCCGCUGCCGCUGCGUCAGCUGCCUCGAGCCACCAUGGGAAGUCUCCUGUCCGCAGUGAGCGAGGGAGUGACCGCAGGGCCACACCAAAGGCAACUGCACCUGGAAGGGGACCGCGUAAUGCGGUGAAUUCGCUCGACUCGCCCGCGCCAGCACCUGAAGGCAGCAGCCGGCUGGCCAGUGGGGGCGGUGGAGCGCCGAACGGGCCAUCAUCAUCGCGUCAGUCGGAGAGGCGGAAGGAGGGUCCGCCGCCCCCUGCGCUCUUCUUCCCACCGACCCCUCAUCCCAUGACGGCCCUGCAGCCACCCGCACACGCACCCCCGCCACAUCUCCCCCACCCCCAGAGCCCCGCCACCUACGAUUACAGCUACUCGCCCACCCUCCCAUUCCAGCCCGACACGGCCAUCCUGAUCAAGGGGCCACCGCCCGACACACCUCAAGCCGUCCAAGGAGGCUGGAUGGAGGGCUGGAUAUGGAAUGGGGUGCGGCGAGAGUGCGAGUAUUGGGAAUACGACCGACGGGAGGGGAUGUGGGAAGUGAGGAGUGAAUCGCAGGACCUGAAGAUGAUCAGGAAGAGGCAGUGGAGGGAGGAACUCGAGUCGUGGAUAGCCCUGUUCCGCUGCCGCCACUAG